ACUAUUACUUUGGUUUUGCCGAUCCCAGCGAGUACGAGCAUCCUGCUUGGUUGAUGCGGAACUAUGCCGCCUUUCUGCUGCAACGAUAUCCCAGUUUUAUUGGGAAAUCACUCAGGUUUCUGGGCCUACGUUACAAACAACAAAUGCAGAUGGACGACAGUCUGAUAUGGAAUGUAGUUCAAACCGAGGCCUGCGACUUAUACCAAACCGAAGAUGUGAAAUUUGUUGGCUGGGAAUUGAACAAAAACGGGAAAAUGGGUCCGCGAAUGGUUUGCAUGAGGGAUAGUAUGGAUCCAGCCAAACUGGCCGAGAACUCUGUAAACCUCAACUUGAAGUUGAUGAAGUGGCGCCUGGUGCCAGAUCUAAAUCUUGAGAUCAUCUCACAAACCAAAUGCCUUCUGUUUGGCGCUGGUACCUUGGGCUGUGCAGUAGCUCGCAAUCUUUUGUCUUGGGGCUUCAAACACAUAACUUUGCUGGAUAACGGAAAGGUGGGAUUUUCCAAUCCAGUCCACCAGAACCUCUAUACGCACGCAGACGCCGUGGCAGGCAAUCGGAUGAAGGCCACAACAGCCGCCUUAAGACUACGUGACUACGAGACCGUAGGGCAUGUGCUGGAGAUACCCAUGCCGGGCCACACCAUCGAGCAGAACUUGCUGCUGAUUGAGCAGCAAGUGCAGGCGCAUGACGUCAUCUUUCUGCUCACUGACUCGCGCGAGAGCCGCUGGCUACCUACACUGCUUGGAGCGGCGCAUGAGAAGAUUGUCAUCAAUGCGGCGCUGUGCUUCGACAGCUAUUUGGUGAUGCGGCAUGGCAGCAGCCGCGAUGUGGCCGGCGACAGUGGGAGGGAAAUCGUGGGACUAAAGUGCAUCAAUGGCAGUCAACUGGGAUGCUACUUUUGCAACGAUGUCACGGCGCCCGGCAAUUCGCUCAAAGAUCGUACUCUGGAUCAGCAAUGCACUGUGACACGACCCGGCGUCUCCAACAUCGCUGCCAGCUAUGCCGUGGAGCUGCUGGUGGCUCUGCUCCAGCAUCCCCAGCGGGAGCUAGCUCCGGCCUACUACGCCCAAACCGGAAGGCAUCAGUCGAGUGAGGAUUCCGGCAAGGUCCCCGAAGGACUGCUAGGCAUCCUGCCGCACUCCGUGAGGGGAAUGCUCUGCAACUAUGAGAACAUCCUGCCAGCCACGCAAAAGUUCGCCCAAUGCAUUGCCUGCUCAGCGCCAGUUUUAGGUGCCUUCAAGAACGUGGGACAUGCCUUUCUCUUUAAAACCUUUGAAACAGCCAAAUAUCUAGAGGAUUUGACGGGCAUCUCGGAGUUCAAGCGUUUGAACAGUGAGGUCAAUCAGAGCAAAUCGAAAAUGGCCCUGUCCAAGAUCGAUGCGGAGAUCGAGCAGGUCGAUCAGGAGAAGUAUCUGCGCCAGGCCACCAACUACUAUCAGGCCCUGGAGAAGCCGCUCAAGUAUGGGCCCGUCAUUGAGACGAUGGACCAGCUGAUUACGGCCCUGCAUCGCGAGUUCGAGUCGAACUACGUGAACAUCGAGAUGGUCAAUCACCUGAUGCUCUCCUACAAGUCGAACCCCAAGGAGUGGCGCAAAUACGCCAAGUUUGACCGUUACACCUACACCCGCAACCUGGUCGACGCCGGCAACGGCAAGUUCAACCUGCUGAUCCUAUGCUGGGGUGAGGGUCACGGCUCCUCAGUGCACGACCAUGCCGACUCCCACUGCUUCAUGAAAAUGCUGAAGGGGGAUCUGCGCGAGAAGCGCUACGAGUACCCCAAUCGCCCCAACAACACGGUCAGCAAGAACACCAGCCAUCCGCAUAGCCAAGAGGGGGAUAUCGACACUCGGGAGCUGGUCGAGAUCGGCGAGACGCCGAUUGGCGUCAACGAUGUGGCCUACAUAAAUGAUAAUUUGGGCCUGCAUCGUGUGGAGAAUCCAAGUCAUGCCGACACCUCCGUUUCUCUGCACCUCUACUGUCCACCCUUCGACACGUGCUCCGUUUUCCAGGACAACUGCAAAAAGACCACCGCCAAGGUUACGUUCUGGAGCAAGUACGGCGUCCGGACAAAACUGAAUGAGCAAUAGAUCAGCUUGAAUCUGAUUGCACAUCCGCAUUCCCCCAAAUACAGUUGUAUAUUGUUGUAUAUAGCUUAGAAUCUUUAUUAUUAGAUGUUUAGUGUGUGAGGGCCGUAAUAGCGAGUGAAAGCUUUGAACUAGGCCACGUAAGCGCUCACUUGAGAGGCUAGAAGAGCAGAUCAGAGCUCUCUCCUAAGCUGGAACUUGGAGCUUUCACUUUUUCCUGAGAGUGUUUCCUUAAUGUACCUAUCUUUAGUGUAAGCUAUACCAAAUGUUUAAUAUAUAAGUGACUAAUUGACAA